UGCAAAAGGACCAAUAAAAAGAUUCAAUCAUGUCUAUGUCACUAUAAAAAAUGUUUUUACGUAAUUUCUCUAUUGUUAACUGGUCCCGGGCAUGAAAGAAAAAAUCAACUAAAUAGAAAUUUCGAAUAAUUAGUAGUCAAGGUGACAUAAUCAAAUAAUCAAUGGCAUGGUGGUCAAAUAAAGAAGUAAAAUGAUCAACUUAGUGAUGAACUGGUCAUUGUUUAAGCGCGUUUUGUGGGAUAUCCCGCAUAUCCCAUCAACUUUGAUCUCCCUCCCUCUCCGUGGCGAGCAUAAACAUACAUUUACAUGAAACUGUAUUAUAUAACAUACACAUAAACUAAACUGAAGUAAAAAAAUUCCCUUCAACAAGCUCGAUUCUAUCAACAUCUAAAGAACAAAACAAAAGAUCUUUGAUUGAAAAACUUUUACAAAGGAAGUUAUGAGAAACGGAUGUCUCGCAAAACUGAGAAGCAAAUAUCUCGGGAAAAUGUGUAACAAAGGAGAAAUAACGUCUGAGAAAAGCAAGGAAGAGUGGAAGCCCAAGGUUGAAGAAUGUUGGAAAAGAAAGGAGGUAAAAGACAAGUCACAAGUACAUGAUCCAAGCACUGCAAACACGAACAUUAGCUCGCGUGAGAACCAAGUAAUCAAGGAAAUGGCAGAUAAGAAAUUUGACGACACUCCCGCCCUUUAUAAAAGUAUGGAUACUGAAAAGGAUGAAAACUCAAAUGAGAAACAAACGCUUGAACGAGGAUCUGGGAAAGUGGAUGUCAAUCGCACAAAGGCCGGGCAAGAUUCAACUCAAGAUCAACCAAAACCAAGCCGAGUUUUGCCAAAGUUUGGCGAAUGGGACGUACGCGAUCCCGUUACUGCCGAUGUUUUCAGAGUCAUAUUCAAUAAGCCGAAGGAUGAAAGACGUGGGGCUCUGAAUGAUGAGUUUUACAAGGUCAAGACUUUUGAUCUAAGAGGAAUAAAGAGCGGUGGAAGGAAGUAAAAAGCCAUGGCUCCCGACAUUUUUUUCAGUGAAAUGAACAAAUUUGUGGUUGAAUAAAAUCGCAUUCGCAUUCGUGUUAAAUGUUAUAUGUAUUUCAUAUUUGCUCUAACGUCCUACCAUUCUCACUUUUUCUGUGUUUUUUUUUUUA